UUGGAGAUGAGAUAUAUGGUGUCUUCGACAACUUCCAGCUUCUUUGGAAAAGUUCCCAUUGGGUCAUCAUCUUUCGUCAAAUAAUGUCAGAACAAAUGUUACAGAGGCAGACGAUUGAUCCGGAUCAAGGAUGUGGGAGACUAAUCAAGGGAUCUGUAGGAUUCUUUGAGAGCCCAACUGAAGUUUCUGUCAAUACGACAACAUUCUGAGAUUCCUACUUGAGUUAUUUGAAUUUUACAGCUUUUAUUAUGACAAUUUGUGGAGUUCUUGAAGAUUUG